CAGUGUUAUCUGCUCCGAGCUGGGACGCCGCACGGCAGUGCGUCGCGUCGCGGGAGCCAGGGCGCACACAUCGCCGUCGCAGCACACCCUGCUACACACAAAACACGCGUGCUGACUGUUCUACUCUCCAGUGACAGCCGCCACCAGACAUGACGUCGAUAAAAUCGCCGGAUAUUUCCGUAACAGAAAAAGACAACAAUAUAAAGCAUCAUUUCAAGAUAAACAGCUCCGAGGCGCUGGACUCCGAGCGCGGGAUGCUGCUGAAGGUGUACUCGGGGCUGGUGCUGGCGGCUGACGCGCUGCUCGUGCUGCUGCGCGUGCUGCUCGCCAUCAUAGAGGCGCUCGUCUCCAAGUUCCUGCCCGCCAAGGAGAAGUCCGUCGCCGGCGAGAUAGCGCUCAUAACUGGUACGGGUCACGGAAUUGGACGCGAACUUGCGCACCAGCUGGGUGCGCUGGGCGCCACGCUCGUCUGCUGGGACGUAAACCAGGAAUGGAACGAGAAGACGGCUGCGGAGCUGCGCAAGAAGGGCUACAAGGUGCACGCCUACAAAUGUGAUGUGUCAAACCGUGAAGAAGUACUUAACCUAGCAAAGAAAGUCCAAGCAGAGGUCGGUGAUGUCAGCAUCAUCAUCAACAAUGCUGGCAUCAUGCCUUGCCGACCUUUCUCGACAUACACACCUGAAGUGAUACGUCGCAUCUUUGAUGUAAAUGUGUUUGCACAUUUCUGGAUCUUGGAAGCAUUCUUGCCACGUAUGAUAUCAAACAAUCAUGGACAUGUUGUGGGUCUCUCUUCUAUGGCUGGUGUAAUGGGUAUCACAAAUUUGGUACCAUACUGUGCUAGCAAAUAUGCAGUUCGAGGGAUGAUGGAGGCUUUAUCAGAAGAACUGCGUGAGAACUUGAAGAACUCUCAAAUACAUUUCACUACCAUCUUUCCAUUUAUUGUUGAUACUGGCCUGUGCCAGAAACCACGUACCAGGUUCCCCAGUCUUCUAUCUAUAGUACAAAUUCCAAAAGCAGCAUCAGAAAUUAUUAAGGCAAUGAGGAGAAACUACAAUGAAUAUUCCAUUCCAAAUGGGCUGUUGGACUUAAAUCACUUCCUCAGGUUGCUGCCACUGAAAGCAACAAACACAAUUAAGGAUUUUGUUGACAGUGGAGUGGGUGCCCAUGAUGAGUGAAUAAUCAGAAAUAAAACAAUGUCUUCAACUAGCAACUUGGAUGUCAUUCUUCUACUACAAUUGUAGGAAUGAUAAAUUUUGUUUGUAAAUACCACAAGUUUACAACACAGAGACUUGAAUAAGUGAGCUUCGUGUCAAAAUGUGAAUAUUGACAUGUACAUAGGCAGUUGUAUAGAAAACAUCAGAUAUUUUACAGUUGAUUUAUUGUGUAGUCUUUUUCUAUUACCAAAUCACUUACAUAUGUGGAGUUCAGAAACAAAAUUCUAAUUUUCUGUGAUUCACCAUUAAUUUUAGUGAUAUAUUUGGCAGAAGAUAGGAAAAAGAUACUUUUUUCCCUUGCCAACAGUAACACAUGUUGUUGCAAUUAUUGAUACAUAUUACCUACAAAAAUAAUGACCAACUUUUGCUGUGUGCUAUUCAUAAAAAAACAGAACUGAAAGACAUCCAAAGCAGGAAAAUCAAAUGAGAUUUUCCAGUAACAGAUUGUACCCCUUAUGAAUAAAAAGUAUUUCUCUUCAUCAUAAAAGUAUGGUGAUGAGUUAGAAGAAGUUGAAAAGACUUCCACAAAUGCCAAAAAUUAUUUAAGGGACACACACGUUCUAACAGCAUUUAUUUCUCUCUCUCCAUUUUGUACAACAAUUAUAGAAUUUUUUUGAUACAAUACUACAAUAAAUGUAAUUGUGUAAACUUACAGAUAAACAUGUGAUUUUAAAGUGAGUAUCUAUUUGUCUUUGCACAGUGUACAACAAUAAAUCAUAUAUAUUUUUAUAUAUGUGAUAUUCUGUAAUAUAUAAUGGCAAUAUGUUAUGCAACAAAUAUGUAUUUUUGUACUAGAAUACAACAUUCUUGCCAUCA